CGAACCUCGGCUCUCCCUUGCUCGCAUGACUCUCGACAUCCCACCUCGCCAUCUUCUCCCCUCCUCUCUCAACAAGCCGUCCGCAAGACCAAAACAGCAACGAUGAAACUCUACACAUUCCCGGAUCCCGCGCCUAACCCGCGGCGCGUGAGGCUCUUCUGCGCCGAGAAGGACAUCGAGGUCGAGUCGGUGAUGCUCGAUCUGAUGAAGGGUGAGCACAAGUCGGCCGACCUCCUGGCGCGCAACUCGCUCGGCCAGCUGCCGGUGCUCACGCUCGACGACGGCAAGACGCACAUCGCCGAGACGGUGUCCAUCUGCCGCUACCUGGAGGGGCUGCACCCGGACAAGGGCCCGCGCCUGUUUGGGAGCACGCCGCUCGAGCAGGCCCAGGUCGACAUGUGGAUCCGGCGCGCCGAGUUCCAGGUCGGGCAGCCCAUCGCCAACUUCUGGAGGCACGCGCACCCCUUCACGGCCCGGGUGGUCGAGCAGCACAAGGCGUUUGGCGAGUCGAACCGCGCCGCGCUGGUAAAGGCAGUGGCCUGGCUGGACAAAGAGAUGAGCGACGGCCGGGAGUGGCUUGCGGGCGCCUUCUUCUCCAUGGCCGACAUCGCGGCCGUCACCAACAUCGAUUUCGCCACCUACAUCGGGAUGGCGCCGCUCGGCGACGAGGGCUCCGGGCCCCAGCACGUUCGGGCCUGGCACGCGCGCGUCAACGCGCGCCCGGCGUUUGUGGCCAAGCCGAACGUGACUCCGUCGCUGUAGGCGCCAUUAUAUCGACUAUGGGCAGCGCUUGCCCGGGUAGAAGCUGGGCCAAUCGAUAGAUGGGGCGAGGGUACAUUCAUUUUGGGAGGUCGUCAGUCCGCCUUGCGAUGGGCAACCACGCGGCUCCGUCAAUCCGGGUGUGCCUAGAUAGCCUAGAUACGGGCAUCACCGUUAGAUCAAAAAUAGCAAGAGCGCUUUGUGCCACCAACAUAUCUGAUACCCAG